CGAAGUAAACGUUAAAAGGUACCUCCCGAAUUUAGAAAGCCGUAACCCUAUUUUCCACCGCAAAACGCUCGCCGCUUCGCCAUAAGAAUCAUAGCUUCACUUCGGUGCCCUAAUUUCGAAGGAUCGGACCACCAAAUUUCUGAUUCAGUAACUGCUCUUCAAUGGGAUCCAAGCGAUCUGACUUUGGUGACGGCGCCAGCCCAGGGAAGAUAUUUAUUGGAGGUUUAGCGAGAGAUACUACUAUAGACACUUUUGUUAAGUACUUCGGGAAGUAUGGAGAAAUUACGGACUCGGUUAUAAUGAAAGAUCGACAAACUGGUCGACCGAGGGGUUUUGGGUUCAUCACAUAUGCAGAUCCUUCCGUCGUUGACACUGUAAUUGCUGAGACACAUGUCAUAAAUGGAAAACAGGUGGAAAUCAAGAGAACCAUUCCCAAAGGCUCUGGUGAUUCUAGGGAUUAUAAAACAAAAAAGAUAUUUGUUGGUGGGAUCCCCACAUCAGUUACAGAAGAUGAGCUUAAAGAUUUCUUCUCAAAACAUGGAACAAUAGUUGAGCAUGAGAUUAUCCGAGAUCAUGUGACAAAACGUUCACGAGGGUUUGGAUUUAUUGUAUUUGAUAGCGAACAAACCGUUGAUGAAAUUCUUGUCAAUGGAAAUAUGAUUGAUAUGAAUGGGACACAGGUUGAGAUCAAGAAGGCUGAACCAAAGAAACCCUCAAACCCUGCACCUAAUUCAUACACUAGGGAACCUAGGGGACGUGGAUACACCGAUAGUUUUGAUGGAUUUGAUGAUUCUUAUGGUGGCUAUGGUGGUGUAGGUGGUGGUUAUGGUCCACCUUCUUAUAGGUCUUACGGUGGACUUCCAACUAGGUAUGGUGACUAUGGGCCAUAUGGACCUGGUGGAAGUGAGUUUGGUAGUCGUUAUGGUGAAUUUGGCGGUGAUUAUGGCGGUUAUAGAGGCGGUGGUGGUGGUGGUGGUGAGCCGCCACUUGGUUAUUCUAGUCGGUUUAGUUCCUUCAGUGGUGGAGGGUUUGGUGGUGGAUAUGGUGGUGGGUUAGGUGGGUAUGGUCGUGGUGGUGGUGGUGGUGGAGGGUAUGGGGGGUAUGGUGGGGGGGCAGGGGGUAGUGGCGGUAGUUAUGAGUCAGGUGCAGGUUCAGGUUAUGGUGGUGCAGGUGGGCCAUAUGGUGGUAGGGCAGGUUAUAGUGGUGGUGGCAGUCGUUACCACCCUUAUGGUGGCAGCAACAAGACACUAGAAGAUCAGCAUUAG